GCAGCCGUGGCAGGAAGUGACGCACCCGACGUCGACUUCCAUUUUGAUUUCGACUUCCAUUUCGGAGGCGGUCGCGGCAGCGGCGAGGAUCUGCUCUCGUGGGCGCGCGGUUUGUUGGUCCGAACGUGGAUCCCGGGACUGAGGUUCCUGCGUCACCUACUAUCCUGCCUCCUGUCUCUGACAACAAUCAUGCCUCGAGGUCAGAAGAGUAAGCGCCGUGCCCGUGAGAAACGCCGUCAGGCUCGGAGUAAGACCCAGGGUCCUGGGAGUGCUCAGGCCACUGCAGCAGAGGUUGAAGAGUCCCCCUCCUCUCCUGUUCCUGGGGGUACUCCCUCGAGCUCCGCUGCUGCUGGCACUUCUCAGGGAGUCCCAGCCCCUAGCUCUCCUGCUGCAGGUGUCUCACGCCCAAGAUCUCGUGUAGGUGCCAAGAGUCGAGUUAAGAAAAGUGAAAAUUUCUCCCAGGCCUCAACCUCCACUGAGAGCGCUCGCAACGAUCUUCUAACCAGGAAGGCAAGCAUGUUGAUGGAAUUCCUGCUGGAGAAGUAUAAGAUGAAAGAGCCCAUUAGGAAGGUAGACAUGCUGAAGCUUGUCCACAAAAGGUACAAGGAGGACUUCCCUGAGAUUCUCAGGAGAGCCUCUGAGCGCAUAGAGCUGGUCUUUGGCCUUGACUUGAAGGAAGUCAAGCCCAAUGGCCAAUCCUAUACCCUUGUCAGCAAGCUAGACGUCUGUGAUGAUGGAAGUAUGAGUGACGACUGGGAAUAUCCUAAGAGUGGGCUUCUGAUGCCUCUCCUGGGUGUGAUCUUCUUGAAUGGCAACUGCGCCUCCGAAGAGGAGAUCUGGGGAUUCCUGAAUAUUUUGGGCAUCUAUGAUGGGAGGGAGCAUUUAAUCUUUGGAGAGCCCAGGAAGCUCAUCACCAAAGAUUUGGUGCAGCAGAAGUACCUGGAGUAUCGUCAGAUACCCGACAGUGAUCCUCCACGCUUUGAAUUUCUGUGGGGUCCAAGAGCCCAUGCUGAAACCAGCAAGAUGAAAGUUCUCGAGUUUUUGGCCAAAAUCAAUGGAACCACCCCCAGUGCCUUCCCAUUCCAUUAUGAAGAGGCUUUGAGAGAGGAGGAAGAGAGAGCUCCAGCCAGAGCUGCAGCCGGGCCUGCCACUCCUGCCACGGGCAGUGCACGUCCCAGGGCACGUCGCAGGGCACGUCCCAGGGCACGUCCCAGGGCCAGUCCCAGGGCCAGUCCCAGGGCUAUGGCCAGCAGUUGCUCCCACCCCAGUGAGGCCUGAGGCAGAUUCUUCACUUGUGUUUGACAAGGGCUCACAAUAUUUUAAGUAGUGAGAAGUUAAGGUGGGGCUGGAAAAAUCACAAUAUGUAUCUUCUUUGUGUUCCUGUUAUACAUUGGUAUCUUUCAAAUGUUCCGUUUAGUAGAAUGCUUAUUUAGAUUCAGAAUCCAACUUUAUAAAUGACAUGAAUCACGUUUAUUGCUGUUCAUCAAAUUUAAGCAUAAGAGUUUUGCUAUUGUGUAAUACAACUUGAAAAUCCUUGCAUCUUUUUUGGGUUUCAGAACAAGAUAAUAUGGCUUUGAAAUGAGAAUUUUCUUGGAAAUGUGAAAGAACCCGCAAAAACAUAGCUGUGGUUUUAAAAUAGACGAAAACAAAGUAAAAUGUAGUCAAAUCUUGGUUGACCUUAUUCACUUUUGUCUUUCUCCGUGUAAAAUUCAAAAAUAUAAGCCCGGGUGUUGUUAUUCAAGAAUGCAGAUAAAAUUAAAUAGCAGUAAAUUACA